AUGGCGAAGAGUUUAUGGCCGUAUCUCGGCUUAGCCGUGAUCUGUACGUUUAUCUCCUUGUCCAUGGCGAGGGAGCUGAGGAAUAAAAGAGACCUCGAAAUGUCAGCAAGCCACCAUGGCCACCAUCAUGAGGAAGGCGGUGGUCACGAUCAUCAUGGACACCAUCAUGAUGAACACGGCGAAAAGGGUGAAAAAGGGUACAAACAUGAGCAUCAUCACGACAAAGGUGAUCAUGGUCAUUAUGGUAAGGAUCACGAUGAAGGUCAUCACGAAGAACAUGGUGGGCACAAAAAGGGACACCAUGACGAGCACGAAGAACAUGGGCACCACCAUGAGCAUGGGGAUGAGCACAAGGGUUCAAAAUAUGGACACAAAAAGGGUCACAAGAAAGGUGAGAAGACCCAUGGUUAUCAUCACAAAGCCCAUAAGGAUGAAUAUCACAAAGAGCACAAAUUCUACGAUGAUUAUCACAAGGGAGGUCAUCACGAGAAACAUGGUGAUCAUUAUGGACACCAUGAGAGUAAAGAUGGACAUCACAAGAAGGGUGGUCAUCAUCAUUCUGGACACCAUGAGGAUCACCAUGGAAAGAAGGGUCACUUUGAUAAGGGACAUUACGAUGAUGAUCAUAAAGGUUACCAUGGAAAACAUGGACACGAUGAUCAUUACUCGCAUCACGAGGAUUAUGGGAAAAAGGAGGAGCACCAUGGAGGAAAGAAACAUGGAUAUUCGAGUGGCGGUGGCGGCGGCCAUGGAGGUGGCGGUGGUGGCGGCGGUCACGGUGGCGGUGGCGGUGGUGGUGGACAUGGUGGACACCAUUAA